CACAGCACCAUGCCGUUCUACUCUGACGACCCGUUCUGCUGCGUCCCUCCCUCCCCUUCUCCAAGGUCGUCCAAGAGCAUGGCGGCGGCCUGGAAGGUGAGAGGCGACGCCGGCAGGCUCCUCCCGGUCAUCACCUUCUUCCUCGGCGCGGCCAUGACGGGGGCGUUCGUCUUCCUCGGCGCGACUAUGGACAUGAGCUCGCGCUUCGCCGCGUGGGGCAAUGGCGCACGAGCAGUGGCCGGAGACGAGGCGAAACCGUAUGCGGAGCUGGAGGAGCUGCUGAAGAACGCAUCCAUGGAGGACAACACGGUGAUCGUGACGUCCAUCAACAAGGCGUACGCGGCGCCGGGCUCCCUGCUGGACCUCUUCCUCGAGAGCUUCCGGGCUGGCAAGGGCACGGCGGGGCUGCUGGACCACCUCCUCAUCGUGUCCGUCGACCCCGGCGCGCACGAGACAUGCCGGUCGGUGCACCGCCACUGCUACCUCCUCCGGCCGGACAACAACAACGACGACGGCGGCGGCGCGGCGGCGGCGGUGGACCUCAGCGCCGCCAAGUACUUCAUGACCAAGGACUACGUGGCCAUGAUGUGGGCGAGGAACCGGUUCCAGCAGACCAUCCUGGAGCUGGGCUUCAGCUUCCUCUUCACGGACGUGGACAUCCUGUGGUUCCGGAACCCGAUGCGGCACAUCGCCGUCACGUCGGACGUCGCCAUCGCCAGCGACUACUUCAACGGCAACCCGGACAGCCUGCACAACCUGCCCAACGGCGGCUUCCUGUACGUCAGGUCCAUGAACAGGACGGUGGAGUUCUACCGGCGGUGGCGGGAGGCGCGCGCCGGCUUCCCGCCGGGGACCAACGAGCAGAGCGUCCUGGCGAGGGUGCAGCUCCCGCUGACGCGCCGCCUCGGCGUGCGGAUGCAGUUCCUCGACACGGCGCACUGCGGCGGCUUCUGCCAGCUCACCGACGACCUGCGCAGGGUGUCCACCAUGCACGCCAACUGCUGCACGGGCCUCGGCAACAAGGUGCACGACCUCAGGAACGUGCUCCGGGACUGGAGGAACUACACGGCGGCGCCGAGGGAGGUCCGCCGCCGGGGAGGCUUCGGAUGGACAAAGCCCGGCAGGUGCAUCCGUUGACAGACUAGUUUGGGAAUGUGAACCUGCCAGCAGCUCUGCUUCUUGAUCUUUUCUUUGUGAGCAGUCAGUGUCUGCCUAUGUUUGCUGUGAUAACGCUACAUUAAUCAUUUAUCUCAUCUAUAGGUAAGAACAAAUUUACCUGGCUGAACCAGUUUUUGUUUUUAUUUUGGGGGGUAAAGGAGAUACCUCGAGUUGUAGAACAACUCAAAUAGGAAAUGAUAUUGACACUGUAACUUUUGUUCUCAACUUCCAUUGUCGAAAUAAACUCA